UGCGAUUUUUUCUUCCUGUUAAAGGAAUAUGAAUAUAAUAUAAAAGUCUUGACUGUGGAUAGUCAUGAAAAAGACUGAGGUUUUUGUCAUUCCAUUUGGACUUAUCAAAUUAUAACUGUGUUAAGAGUAUACGUAGUAGACAAUUGAGUUAAUUAGUGAACACAUUGAAAAGUUAUUUUUAAGUUUAUAUUUGUUUCUACACCGGUGAAUAAAAUAAUCCAGGCCUGUGGCUUUUUACAGUCUUCGAAUACAGACACAUUAAUACUAUACCUGGAAUAUGGAUAAAUAGUGGAUUUUCUAAAAUAAAAAAGUACGCUGCCAAAACAGGAUGAUAUUUCGAAUAUUUUCUUUCCUUUGCGUGACAAAAUCAUGUUUGGCAGUGACGGUGAUAAUAAACGGGAAGGAGGUGGACUGUAAUGGCCAUUGUGCUUGCUGUGAAGGAGGAGAGGAUGAAUGUGGAUGGGCUGAUGCAAAAUCUGAUUAUUGUUUCAAAGGCUGCGUAAACACAAUAUAUGGACACAGAUGCAAAAACCUAUGUCCUGUUAACUGCGCUACUUGCGACCAAUCUUUAGGGAGGUGUAUUACUUGCAAGGAUUCAUAUUACGAUAUAAAUAGAGAUUGUUACUCGAGUUGUCCCAUUGGGUGUGAUGGUCCUUGUAGUGAAGACGGAACUUGUAACACAUGUAUAUCGAACUUCGAAGGAGCUAAAUGCGAUGCAUGCAUACCCGGGAAAUACAGUGUAGAUUGUUCUAUGAACUGCCAUUAUCAAAACUGCCGUUGUGCAGACUUAAAUGGAUGUGAUUCAUGUAAAACAGGAUUUGGUGGUACCUUGUGCAUGGAAUGUGUAGCUGGAAAAUAUGGAGCAAACUGCAACAUGAGUUGUCCUAGCGGAUGCAGGGAUAGAAAUUGUAUGAGAAACGGAGUAUGCAUUGAAUGCAUAACUGGAUAUUACGGCGAACAAUGCAACGAUAUGUGUUCUAAGGGCUGUAGUGGUGGAGUUUGUUAUAAGAAUGGGACAUGUUUCUGUAUGGAUAACUUUACAGGUAAACAUUGUGACGAAUGUGUUGAAGGGAAAUAUGGCGAUAAUUGUGAAAAUGUGUGCAGUGUCGGUUGUUCUACAUUGUCCUGUGGCAAAGAAGACGGAUCAUGCCUUGGCGGAUGUUAUGAUGGAUUAUAUGCGAUGGAUUGUUCUCAGAAAUGUACCACUAUUGACGAUAGGUGUUUAAAAUGUAACCAGCUCAAUGGAACGUGUUCGAUGUGUAAAACAGGAUUUUACUCGAAUGAAAAUGGGGAUUGCACUACUUGCAAUAAUAACUGUAAUAAUGGACAGUGUAAUCCUGAAACAGGCAAAUGUAUAAAUGGCUGUACUAAAAACUUUUGGGGAGACAAGUGUGGCGUGCAGUGUAAUUCAAAUUGUGAAACAUGUCAUCAGGAUUUAGGAAUAUGUGAUUCAUGUACAAAUCCUACAGUCCAUGGUCUGUAUUGCAAUGAAUCAUGCAUGUCAUCAUGCUUUGAAAAAAAAUGCGAACAAAGUACUGGUCAUUGCUCCCUUGGAUGCGAUGGUGAUUUCUUUGGCAACAUGUGUGAAACCAAAUGCCCCGAGAAUUGUCAGCACACAGAAACAAAAACAAGUUGUAAUAUUGAUGGCAAUUGUUUGUAUGGCUGCAUAAAUGAUCUAGAAGGCAGAUAUUGUACAGAGAGACGAAUUUACAUUGCUUCAUCCACAAAUGUUGCACUCGCAGCUUUAUCGGGAGUUUUGGGCAUUCUGCUUGUUUGUUCAGUCGCUGGUUGCUACCUGUGGAACAGACGAAUGUCUACAUCAAUAGAACACAAUUCGGAAAUACAGUUAGAUCAACGAGAAGCCGAAAGAACAUAUGAACAGCUACAAAGACAGUCCAACGAACCAACACACAGAAAUGUUGAGGACAACUAUACUGUGCUUUCAAUGUAGAAAUUAAAAACUCUAUGAUUUCUCAUAUUAUACUGAAGCUAGACCUCAGCCAGCUUCAAUUUUACAUAUUUUCUGAUUGCAUUUUUUUCAGUCUUCGUUAAACUUCUUAAAAUGUAGAUAUCUAUAUUUCAAAAUAAAAGAUAACUGCUAUAAUUAAAUAUACGCGUAAGGUGUACAUGUGACAGGAUUUGUUUAGGAUCUCUUGUUUGUUCCCGUAUGUUCUAAACCUUUGGGCAAUGUUGGGACAAGUGUGAGAUUGACCGCUGAUUGAAGUGAACGCCGUUUGCAAUUACUCAAACAUUUACCAAUGCCGAUGUUGUUAUAGUUACGAAACAUAUGUUGAAUAGUAGUUUUGUUAAUUUUAUAUGGACUGUAUUUGGCCUUGUUCGUCUUGCCUAUAAAUACGAAAGUGAACACGUUUUAGUUUCUGGGCUUAUCCGGUAAAAUAAAAUGGUGAGGACAAAGGCGACUACUUAUCAUGUUACAAGGU